CAGUUGUACAUAUCAGCUGGGAGCCUGCGAGCUGCUGUCUCACUCGAGUCCACCGUGCGGGAGGAAUGGCAGGCUGGGGAGGUUUCUUCGUGUCUCUCCUCAACUACAAGACAGAGAAAUAUGUCAUCGCCGAGAACAGGAAAAUCGGGAUAUUAUUCAGACUCUAUCAGCUGGCCGUGCUGGGAUACAUAAUUGGGUGGGUGUUUGUGGUGAAGAAAGGUUACCAGGAGAGAGAGGAGGCCAUCCAGACCUCCGUCAUCACCAAGCUUAAAGGUGUUACACUGACCAACAGCUCAGAGACGGGGCUUCACCUGUGGAGUGCUGAGGAUUAUGUCAUACCCCCGAAUGGUGAACAGGUGUUCUUCAUAGUAACAAAUUACAUAGAGACCCCCAACCAGAGGCUGGGGUUCUGUGCUGAGAGUAACAAGGUGCCAGAUGGACAAUGUCAAAGUGAUGAUGACUGUCCGGAGGGGGAAUCUGUAAUAGCGGGCCAUGGAAUAAAGACUGGCGUGUGUUUAAACAGCACAGGGACCUGUGAGAUUCACGCCUGGUGUCCUGUCGAACACAGCAAGAGACCCACAGAGCCCUUACUGAGCGAAGCGGAAAACUUCACCAUCUACAUCAAGAAUUUCAUCAGGUUUCCAAAGUUUGAAUUCUCCAAGUCCAAUGUCCUUGAAACCUCUGACGAGAGCUACCUGAAAAAGUGCACCUACGACAAAGAGGAAAACCUGUACUGCCCCAUCUUCCGCCUCGGAGAUGUGGUCAGCUGGACCAGAAAUGACUUCCAGGAGAUGGCUGCGAAGGGGGGGUCUGUUGGUAUUCUCAUUGAGUGGAACUGUGACCUGGAUAAGGACUCGUCACAGUGUAAUCCCGAGUACAGCUUCACCCGUUUGGACAUGAACUUGAACAACUCGGUCACUUCCGGAUACAACUUCAGAUACGCCAGGUAUUUCAAGGAUGAAAAAGGGGGAACCUUUCGCACUUUGUACAAAGUGUAUGGGAUUCGCUUUGAUAUAAUGAUCAAUGGCCAGGCUGGGAAAUUCAAUAUUGUUCCAACAAUAAUUGCCAUCGGUUCGGGUGUUGCCCUGCUGGGUGUAGGAGCCUUUGCAUGUGACAUGAUACUGCUGUACAUGAUGAACACGAGCUCCUUCUACCGAGAGAGGAAGUUUGAAAUCAUCAACUUCAAGAAAGAACGGACCAAAUCCAAGGAUGGUAAAACGGGACACAGAGAGAGGCGAACCAGGAAACCAGCUGCAGAGAAAGACGCUGCCAACUCCACUAAAAAGCCAGAGGAAACUGAACCUACUAUGGAAUCUUCUCCCACCGCAGAGGGCCAGCCGACUGUGGACAAACGGGGUCCCACUAUUCCACGCAACACAGGACAGCGAUACUCAGCCCUCAUCUCUCCUCAACCUGCAGAGCCGAGGCAUCACAUCACCUUCUCUUCACACAAUUAGCAGGCGGAGCGAGACGAAUCACCUGCAGCAGUCUGCGAGAGGGGAAACCAAAAGUCGGACUGACGUCUCAUCUACUGGCAUGACUGCUGGCAUGACACUAGCUACAGUGAUGCCUGGUAUGUUGGUCCAGAGAAAUGUUAAUGUUCAGCACUGUGCACAUGGGCCGGGACGCUGAUGUAGAAAUACUCAGAGAGGUGGUUUCAGUGGCUGGGUCAGGGUCCAAAGCUGGGAUGUGGGAGAUAAAUAAUGAUCUGCAAAAGUACUGUGGUAACGCUGAUUAGCAGUGACAUGAUAUGAUUCUUAGACUUGAAAGGGACAGUUCACCCCAGAAUCAAAAAUACGUAUAUUUCCUCUACCUGUAGUGCUAUUUAUAUAAGUCUAGAUUGCUUUGGUGUGAGUUGCAGAGUGUUGGAGAUACUGGCUGUAGAGAUGUCUGCCUUCUCCAAACUAGAUCAGGGGUCUUCACUAUUUACAGGCCAAGGACCCCUGUAACUGAAAGAGAGACAAAGCGGGGACCCCCUCAAACAUAAAUUGUAUAAAACUGAGUUGAUAAUUCUCUGGAUAUUUGGGGUCUUGUCUUGUUUGCACUUGCCUGUAGCUCCUAAAUAAGCAACAGUUGUAGCAUGGCAAGGUGCGUUAGCCUCCCCUCUGCACUUUCGCCGGUGGUUUCCGAGGUGGAUGGUAUGUCAGAGUCUCUUGCUUGAAAAGUUACAGAACAAUCCAUUGUUGCUCACAAGAAUGUACGUACACGUGGAAUAACAAUACAGCUAAUUGGCCAGUAUGAUUCAGUAGUAUGUAACUGUCAGCUAAGUAGUUUACCAUGCACAGGGAUUUAGCGUUAGCAAGCGCACAUGAUUGUACAGGGACUCAUGGGUAACAGUCAUCCUAUCAUAAACGUUUUGUGCUUUAAAUUAAAUGUCGAAGUGUGUUUGGGGUGGUCGAAUAUCUAGAAAGGCGCUAUACAAGUGCAGGUACAUUUACCAUUUAUUUUCAGUCAUAUUUAAAUUGUUGCUGGAAAAAAAAUGAAACUUAAAUUAUCAAACAGUAAUUUGGUGACCCUUACCCAAACAGUAACUCUGAGGACCCUUUAGGGGUCAUGGACUCCCUGUUAAAGACCCAGGCACUAGAUGGCAUAUUAAAUAAAUAGAAAUACAUUUGAAAAAACUCAAUAGCAACGUCUCUUUGCAGAAAUUAUGAUCUGGUUUCUCAAGAUAAUCAGCAGACUUUGUUGUGAGCACUUUGACGUAGGACCUGUUUCCUUUCCACUAACCAAACCUGCCAAACAUGUCAACGUUCAGAGAGACGCGCACAGUUGCAUAAGAGAUACGACAGGCCACAGUGCAUGCUAUUGUGCAUAUACUGUCUUGACACACAUAGAUACUUGACACUGGGAAACAUCAACAUACAUAUCACCCAGCAAUCAUCACCCAGGGCUACUGACUAUUUAAAAAAUAAUAAUAAAAAGAAAACAUUGAUGCAGACGGGUUUGCCCUUUCGUCAACAUGUAUAGCAAAUGACACUGUUUUCUUUAUAUCAUUUAUCUUUAAACACAGGUAUAUCUCCAAGAUAGCAUUCUGAAUCACUUGAGUGGGCCUUCUCUCUCUCUAUGGGCCCCUUCCUUCCACGGGCCCCAGUGCAAUCACACUGCUUUCACAGUCUAUAUUUAUGCCUCUUAGCACCACUGAGCUAGCUAACGUUACAGCUCAACCGAGGAGGACACCUUUAAUGCUUACAUCUCGCGCUGUAAGGAGUUUCUCGUCCAUGAGCAGAUGCAUGCUUCCUUCUGCCCAGGGAGAUGGUCUGCUGUUUUCAAAUGUAUUUUUUGGGGGCUUUGAGCACCACAAGCAGUGUCAUCUAGUUCCAUUAUACUAGAGAGAAGGCAGACAUCUCUGCAGCUGAUAUCUCCAACACUCAACAACUCACACCAAAACAGUCUAAAUUGAUUGAUAGCACUACAGGUCAGAGGAAAAAUAUGCCUUUUUGAUUUUGGGGUGAACUGUCCCUUUAAGUGAAUUGCCAAAUGUUUGCCCAUGACUGCUUUACAAAUGCAAAAUUGUGUCUUCAUUUCAUGUCAUAAAAUCAAUACCUAAAAGCUUUUUUGGCUGUUGAUCAGACUAAUUAAGCAUCAUUUCCAGUUAAAUUAAUGAUUGGCCUUAGUUUCUUUUUAACUUUUGCCAUUUAUGGACUAAAAAUCACAGUAAAAAUACUUGACAUGAUGGACUCAUAAACCUUACUGGAUUAAGUAAAAUAGACAAGAGUGAUUUCUGCUAAAUUGGUCAGCAAAGAUACCGUCUAAAUGAUUUCGUCAGCAUGGAGUCAAAGAGAAAAUGUUUUAAAAACUGCAUUUGGAAGCAGUAUGUGAGAAAAUGUGUGAACGGUCUUAAUUGUUAGUGUUUCAGUUGGAUGCAUCGUGCACCUCUGUUGUGACAGAAAUCUACUGUUAAACACUGCUGAUGUGUUUCCUGCUGUAUGUUGAUAUCUGCCAUGCAAUGGCUACAACACAACCUCAUUCACGAUAUAUUUCACUUGUGAAGCUGUGGAAUGCAGUCGUGAUGUGCUACGAGUCUACCGUGAGUGGACAAGUUCACUGCUGGCUGAUUGUUAAUGAAUAGUGCAAGACACUGACGUGCAUGGACU